ACGAGCCAAUAAGAAACACCGUUAGGCUGACGUCUGCGCAUGCUAGAAGAAGUAGGCAGGAAGUUCAUCACGCAGUGAACGCAUCUGUCUGGGCUCACGCGACACUGGUAUUAGAACUUAAAACCAGCAUAAAAACAAUGAUCGCGUUGAAGUGCUAUCUCUCUCUUCCAGUGGUGGCAGGGGCAUUAUUAGUGGGCCUCCCUUACAGUGUCUCUCUUGUUGCCCAGUGGCUUUAUGGCUGGCCCAAUAAACCAGGGUACCAAAAAUAUAUAGAGGCUCUCAAACCAAGGCGCAUAUACUGCCUUACAAGAGCCGUGCUAGAGAUGCUGAAAUAUCUGCAGUAUGGCAAACUGUACUUUCAGUGGAAACUGUGGUACAGUAAUGACAAAAAUAACAAGCACUAUGUGAAAGGCAUAACCUUUGGUCGGCGAGGGAACAAACUAGAUUUAUACUAUUCACCAAACAUGGGCCAUUCUGAUGCUGCUCCUGUACCAGUGGUUGUAUUUGUGUACGGAGGUGCCUGGGGGUCAGGAGACCGCUCCAUUUACUGUCUGUUAGCAUUACAAAUGGCAAAAGAGCUUAAUGCCUCUGUAAUUUGUCCAGAUUAUUCCAUAUAUCCAAAGGGAAAUGUUUUAAAUAUGGUUCAAGACAUUACUGACAGUUUGCUGUGGGUGAGAGAAAAGGGACAAACAUUCAAUCUUGAUCAAGACAACGUAAUAUUAAUAGGUCAUUCAGCAGGGGCUCAUCUGUGUGCCCUUACCACGCUGUUUCUGGUGAACAAUGCAGAAGAACUGUUCCUUAAGACCAACGAACAGAGAGAUCUCGUAUCUGCCAUUAAAGGAAUCAUCGGUCUGAGUGGCGUUUACAGUAUAAUGGAUCAUUAUAAGCAUGAGAAAAUGAGGGCUGUUGAAUAUGUGUCAACUAUGCACAAAGCUAUGGAUGGUGUGGAGAACUUUGAUUAUUAUUCGCCGUCAUCGUUACUCAAGAAACUGAAUGAGGAUCAGUUGAAAAGAGUUCCUCCAGUGGUUUUGCUCCAUGGAACCAAUGACAUCAUAGUUCCUGUGCAAUCAUCAGUGAAGUUCUCCGAGCUCCUCACCGCUCUUUCUAUCAGGAUGUCUCUCUAUCUCAUACCUAAAAUGAACCACACAGAGAUGGUCACUGACCUUAUGGCUCCAGACAGGCACUUUUACCACACUGUUUAUGGCUGUAUUAAACAGGAGUACAGUAAAUUUCAAGGUUAUGUUGAUUAAUAUUUAUCAUCCAAUUCAGUACUAAUAUCAUUUUCCAGUAUGCCAGACAGUGAUUACAUGUUAUUUAUGAUUUACUGUAAGUUUACAUUUAAAGGGGUGGUUAACAGUUUUUUUUCUAGGCUUGAUUGUGUUUAUGGGGUGCAGUUUAACAUGUGUUCAUGCUUUGUUCAUCAACUUUGCAGAUAUUGUUUAUGCUCAAACAGCAACAUUGUACACUAACUAACGUUAAAAACGUGAAAUCGCAAUCAACCACCUCUUUAAGUUCUAAUGAUUUGUGUUCUUCUGAAAUGUUUAAUUUUCAAUCAAAAAUGUGUUCAAUAACCAUUUAUACAAGACGGCAAGGUGAAAGAAAAUAUUAUCCCUGUGUUUGUUAUCUGUUAAUACAUUCUGUUAAUGUUCAAUGAAAUGUAAAUAAGAAGAAAUCGUUCCAAUUAAGACAGAAAUAUACAAAUAUACAACAUAUUUUCGUGUUUGAAAUGUAAUACGGAUGGAGAAAUUCUUAUUUUGCAUUUUUAUAACUUGUGUAAAAUCUUCCAUAAUAUAUUUAUUCAAGCCAUACAUAAAUGUUUCUCUUUGUGUCCUAAUUACAGAAUUAGUCACUUGGCUAUUGAAGUUCUUCUGUUUGUUACAUAUUCACAGUUCAUACCAUAUAUUACAUUAAAUAACAUAAGCUUCAGCUGUGCAUGCUAUAGAAAUAUUAUUGAUUAAUGUUUGCUUUUGUCAUUAUUAGAAUAGAAUGUUAAUACAAAGAACACAUUAAUGUGAAUAUUUAGGUGUUGACCUUGAACCAUUGAAUAUUUUGCCUCAUAAGUAAACUGCUUUAUGUUGGGGGCAUAUGCUUAAAACAUUUAUCUUAGAAAUAUAAUUGAGUUGAAAUGGAAAAAAAAUAGCACACAAAGGCAAAGCACAGGUAUGAUCUAUUACUGAGAAACGUAUUGAAUAUACAUGCAUAAUAAGUCAAUACAUUCAUAUAUUCAUUGGACUGAAACUGUAACUAACGUCCACAUCAGCAUCAUGUAAAAUUGGCAUCCCUUUCUUCUUUUACAUUAAAUACACUAUAAAUACUGCCA